AUGGCCUGCACACACGUCAACGCGCCUGAGCUCCGCCCACCAGGGCCAACCCAGUCGGUGUAUCGCGAGGACUGCACUCAGUGCUUCGACUCUAUUGAUGACCCCACUGGUCUUGAUGUUUGCCUCUUUUGCUUCAAUGGCGGCUGCACGAGCGAUCGAACGCACUCCGUUCUCCACGUCUCUUCGACAAACCACCCACUCGUUCUGAACAUCAAGCGCACGCGCAAGACAGUCACACGCGAUGAGCCACCGGCGAAAAUCACCAAGUUGUCCAUCCAGGCUGAAACAGAGACCGACCGUUUCGACACGACGACAACAGUAAAGUGCUACGAGUGUGGAGUUGACGAUGUAGAUAAGAGCUCAGGAAAGUUGCCAGCCGUUGUCGACGCGGUCCUCAAGGCCAAUACUUUCGCGAGGCAAGAGGAGGUCAAGGCCUGGGAGCAAGAGUUGACUGCUUGCGAACAUACGCUAUGUUUAGAACAAGCUGCGACUAGGCAGAUCGAGUCACAGUCAUUAGGCCACUGCUCAGACUGUGAACUGAACGAGAAUCUAUGGUUGUGCUUGACCUGUGGUAACCUAGGCUGUGGGCGUGCUCAGUUUGGUGGUAUUGGUGGCAAUUCGCACGGCGUGGCACAUACAACGUCCAGUGGACAUCCCGUAGCUGUCAAGCUGGGAUCACUCACUGCGGACGGAACGGCCGAUAUCUACUGCUACUCUUGCGAUGAGGAGCGCAUUGAUCCGGAGCUGCCGAACCAUCUUGCCCAUUGGGGCAUCAACAUUAAGGACCGGGUGAAGACGGAGAAGAGCUUGACAGAAAUGCAGAUCGAGCAGAACUUGCGCUGGGAGUUUUCCAUGGUGACAGAAGACGGCAAGGAGCUGAAACCGUUGUUCGGCUCUGACUUCACUGGUCUGAAGAAUCUAGGAAACAGCUGCUACCUCAACAGUGUCUUACAAGCGCUCUUCGCGAUGCCCGAGUUCAGGAAUCGAUACUACCUCCCCGAACAGGCACCACCAGAUGCACCGCUUCCUGCCGAGGACUUGGAAACUCAACUCCGUAAGAUCGCAGACGGGUUAAUCUCUGGUCGUUACUCGAAGCCAGACAGCGAUGUCAUUGUUUCGGAGCGCACUCCCGAGGUUCCACACCAGAAGGGCAUUGCGCCGGCAAUGCUGAAACACUUGAUAGGACGUGGCCAUGCGGAAUUCUCUACCAUGCGACAACAGGACGCAUUCGAGCUUCUUCUCCAUCUUCUCAAGCUCGUCUCUCGAUCCCAACAUGUUGCGCCUCAUGAGGAUCCCGUGGAUGCUUUCAGAUUCGUCAUGGAACAGCGAUUACAAUGUAUCAGUUGCAAGCGCGUACGAUAUCGAACAGACGAGCAGGAGAACAUUUCCAUUCCCGUACCUAUCCGAAGGAUUCCUAAAGAUGCGCAGAUGGAGGUCACUGAUAGCGAAGGCAAAGACGACAAGAAAGAGAAAGAAGAGUUUGAAUCCGUCAGCCUGAAAGAGUGUUUCGACAUCUUCACUGCGGAAGAGAUGGUUGAACUGACGUGUGGUUCCUGUGGCAGCAAGAAUGGCUUCACGAAGAGAAGCAUGUUCAAAACAUUCCCAGCAGUCUUGGCAGUGAAUGCCCGACGAUUUGAGUUGGUCAACUGGGUUCCUACCAAGCAGGAUGUUCCAGUCAUUGUUGAUGACGAAGCUUUCUCGUUUGAUGCGUACAAGUCGAAUGGCUUACAGGGAAGCGAGGAACUCCUGCCAGAAGAUGCCGAUACUGGGAGCUCUUCAAGUAAAUGGACGCCAAACGAGGCAGCGCUUUCGAUGCUGGAGGCCAUGGGUUUCCCCAAAGUCAGGUGUGAGAAAGCUCUGCAUGCCACAGGUAACGAGGACGCGGAGGCUGCUUCAAACUGGCUGUUCUCGCACAUGGAAGACCCUGAUAUCGAUGAUCCUGUCGACUUCAACCCUAGCGGUGGCUCCGGAGGCAGCGCUGCCAACGUGAUUGACCCUGAGAUGAUCGAGAAUCUUGGCGCUAUGGGCUUCAAUGCUCCUCAGGCACGACAGGCGCUGAAAGAGACCAGUGGCGACAUGGAGCGAGCUGUAGACUGGUUGUUCAGUCAUCCGGAUGCUCCUGGCGACUUUGACGACGGUGGCAGCUCUGAGGCGCCUGCGGAGCCCAAAGAGAAGUCGCUUCCAGGAAGCGAGAAGCUGCCAGCGAAUUUCCAACUACAGUCCAUCGUCUGCCACAAGGGUAGUUCUAUUCACGCAGGUCAUUAUGUUGCUUUUGUCCGCAAACAGCUGCCCGAUGAGCAAGCGGCAUCGUGGGUUCUCUUCAAUGAUGAGAAAGUGGCCAAGGCUGCCGACAUCGAGGAAAUGAAGAAGUUUGCGUAUGUGUAUUUCUUUAGGCGUUCGUAA